CGCAGUCAGUAAAACCAGCUCUCUCGUAGCAGUCACUUCCUCUGUUCUUCUUCCCCUUCAGGUUUCAAUGGCGGCUGCUGCACAGCUCCCUUUCCAGACCUCAUCAUCCCUCUCCCUUAAACCCCUGAAGAACCCUAUAACCCGAAACCCAUUUUCCCAAAACUCCAUUCUGCCCCUCCGACUCUCCACCUCCCUAAAACCCCUUGUCCUCCGAGCCGCCGUCGUCUCCCAAAACCCCUCCAAAUCCCUGUCCCAAACGACCCCGUUCGAGCAUUGCUUCUCCAAAUCCUCCGAUGGGUUUCUCUACUGCGAGGGCCUCAAGGUCCAGGACGUCUUAGAUUCGGUCGAGCGGCGCCCUUUCUACCUCUACAGCAAGCCACAGAUCACCCGAAACGUCGAGGCCUACAAGGAGGCGUUGGAGGGGUUGAGCUCUGUCAUCGGAUACGCCAUUAAAGCCAACAACAAUCUCAAGAUUUUGGAACAUUUGAGGCAAUUGGGUUGCGGUGCUGUUCUUGUCAGUGGGAAUGAGCUCCGGUUGGCUCUUCAAGCUGGGUUCGACCCCACCAAGUGCAUUUUUAAUGGGAAUGGAAAAUUGUUGGAGGACUUGGUUUUGGCUGCCCAAGAAGGUGUUUUUAUCAAUAUUGAUAGUGAAUUCGACUUGGAAAACAUUGUUGCCGCAGCGAGAAUUGCUGGCAAGAAGGUCAAUGUUCUACUUCGGAUCAACCCGGAUGUAGAUCCUCAGGUUCAUGCUUAUGUUGCCACUGGAAACAAGAAUUCGAAAUUUGGUAUUAGAAAUGAGAAGCUGCAAUGGUUUUUGGAUGCUGUGAAGGCGCAUCCUGAUGAGCUAAAACUUGUUGGAGCCCAUUGUCAUCUCGGAUCAACCAUUACCAAGGUGGAUAUAUUUCGGGAUGCUGCUGUUCUUAUGGUUAAGUACAUUGACGAAAUCCGUUCUCAAGGUUUUCAAGUUGAUUACUUGAACAUUGGUGGUGGACUUGGGAUAGAUUACUAUCAUUCUGGUGCCGUACUUCCGAAACCCAGAGAUCUCAUCAACACUGUUCGUGAUGUGGUCCUAUCACAAGGUUUGAAUCUUAUCAUUGAACCUGGUAGAUCACUUAUUGCAAAUUCUUGCUGCUUGGUCAACCGAGUAACAGGUGUCAAAACAAAUGGCACCAAAAACUUUAUUGUGAUCGAUGGAAGCAUGGCUGAACUUAUCCGUCCCAGUCUCUACGAUGCUUACCAACAUAUAGAACUAGUUGCUCCUACAGCACCUGAUGCUGAGAUUUCGACUUUUGAUGUGGUGGGCCCUGUCUGCGAGUCUGCAGAUUUCUUAGGGAAGGACAGAGAACUUCCGACUCCACCUAAGGGAGCUGGUCUGGUGGUUCACGAUGCAGGCGCUUAUUGCAUGAGCAUGGCUUCAACUUACAAUCUUAAAAUGCGCCCUCCAGAGUAUUGGGUCCAAGAAGAUGGAUCCGUAGCCAAGAUCCGUCAUGCAGAGACAUUUGAAGACCACAUGCGAUUCUUUGAGGGUCUUUGAUUGCAAGAGGUUGGUAGUCAGCGCUAGCUGAACAGGCCUGAAUUUCCCCUUAAUUCCUGGUUGUUUGUUGUAACACUGGAACUUAUGUGUUCGGAUACGAAGUUAGCUCCUUAACGUGAUGUGUCGCACCUUAUUUUGUUGUUUACGACUGUAGCUGUCUUGAGAGGAAACAGAAUAAAAGAUUGAUAAGCAGCGAAGAAUUUAUGUAACCAUUACCAACCUUUCUCAACUGCAUAAUCAAGUUUAUGCCUCCAUACUAAUGUAGUUCCAGUUGCAGCGUGAGCUUGUGCACCAUACUGUAGGACAUUGUGUCUCCUUUGUGUCUCCUUUCUAAAUUUGUGACACGUGUUCCUCCACUUAAAGAAGCUUCUAUGUCAA